UAGCAGGAAGGCCAGUCCCACGGCGUGAGACUAGGAGAGAGAGAGAGAGAGUGAGGGAGCGGUUUAAAGCCGGUGCAGGCAUGAUGUCCUACAUUAAGCAACCACAUUACGCCGUGAACGGGUUAACGCUCUCCGGCCCGGGCAUGGACCUUCUACACUCCGCCGUUGGAUAUCCAAACACCCCGCGAAAGCAGCGUCGGGAGCGCACCACAUUCACUCGAGCGCAGCUGGACAUCCUCGAGGCUCUGUUUGCCAAAACGCGCUACCCGGAUAUAUUCAUGCGCGAGGAGGUGGCCCUCAAGAUCAACCUGCCUGAGUCAAGAGUUCAGGUGUGGUUUAAGAACCGUCGGGCCAAGUGUCGCCAGCAGCAGCAGCAGAGCACGGGCCAGUCUAAACCCCGCCCACCCAAGAAGAAGGCCUCCCCAGCCCGUGAGGCCUCUGCUGAGCCCAAUGCCAACACUAACGGGUCCUACAGCCCGGCGCCCCCGAUCCCCGGCACUGCCAUCACCCCCAGCUCCAGCAGCGCCAGUGCCACCGUGUCCAUCUGGAGCCCUGCGUCCAUCUCCCCCCUGCCUGACCCCCUGUCGGCCUCUUCCACCAACUGCAUGCAGCGCUCCACAGGCUACCCCAUGACCUACACCCAGGCCCCUGCCUACUCCCAGAGCUACGGGGGCUCAUCCUCGUACUUCACGGGCCUGGACUGCAGCUCCUACCUGUCCCCAAUGCACCCGCAGCUGUCAGCCACUGGGGGUGCCCUCAGCCCCAUCACAGCUUCCUCCAUGGGCGGGCUCAGCCAGUCGCCGGCCUCACUGUCCUCGCAAGGCUACACGGCUGCCUCGCUGGGCUUCGGGGCGGUCGACUGCCUGGACUACAAAGACCAAGCAGCAUCCUGGAAGCUCAACUUCAACACGGCUGAUUGCCUGGACUACAAGGACCAGAACUCCUGGAAGUUCCAGGUCUUGUAGAAGGGAGAGGAAGGGGCAGGGCCAGAGGUUCGGAAAGGGGACAGAAAGGAAAGAGGAGGAGCUUAGAUUUCAUUCAGUUUAAAGACUUUUGGACUCACCAAGGUUUCAUCAUAACAGUCUAUGAACCCACUCGUAGACUAGGGAACUUUCCUGCCUGUGUUUGGUUGUUUUGGGGGGAGGUUGCGUGAGGAAAGAUCUGUUGAUGUUUUGGUGUAGUGAUUCUUAAAGAUUUGACUGGAGAGGCAAAGACUGUAAGUGUGGCUGAGUCAGUGAUUUAUGAUGUAUUAGACAGCCAGGGAGAAUGUUGUUCUGUGUUAACUAUCAUCCUGGAAAAAAAAAAAACACAAUCAAGUUACUGAUGUGAAGAAAUGACUCAGCAAGGACCAGGACUCCAUUCCUACCUUGAAACCAAUUGAAAGCAUUGAUAUCUGUACAAUGUGAUUGAAAGUGUUGAUCAUUACAAUGGAACCAUGAUAGCAAGGUACCUGUUGCAAGGUCCACUGUUGUUUUCACAAUCAAGGUUUAACAAACGUAACUUCAAACUGUGAUUGACGUGUGAAUGACGAACAGUUUUCACAAAUCGGUAGUUAAAAGAGGACUAAAAGAGAAAAAAUCUAGAUUUGAACUACUGUUUGAGUUUGGUCCGAAAAAGGACAUCUCCAGACUGCUGCUUCUCAUUGCUGAACUGAGAUGCCCCAGAGCCAAACACACCGGACAGAGAGAGACAGACAGACAGACAGACAGACAUUCAGAUAUACGGACAGGACAUGCACAUAGAAACAGACAGACAGGACAAGAACAGCCUGACUGACAGACAUGAGUGUCCCUUCAGAAUCCCAAUGGAGGGCAGGACAUCCCGUCUCAUCCUCAAACUGUCCAG